AUGCCACCAGUCCAUGAUGAAGAUGAGGGUUCUUCUGCUGCUGCUGCAGCGGCGGUGGCGGUGGCCGCCCCCGCAGUUCCGGACUCAGGCCACGACGACCUGGUCUGGAAAAAAUCCGCCGAGGAAAUGAAGGACCCCGAAAGAAGACGUUUGGGCCGCAGAAUCUUCCACGGCCAACCGUGGCAGCAACAGUUGCGCAGAGGGAGGAGGUGGAAAAAUGGCCCAUUCGGUUGCACUGGAUCGGAAGGAAUCGACCGGUACGGAGGAGAAUUCUCCUAA